ACAUUUUUUUCAUUCACCACACCAUGCUUUUGAAUUUCACUCCACACCAGUACAUGUACCUGGACUGAGCUACAUGUAGUGAGCCUUCCUGAACUGCGAGCCAAUUGCGAAGGCAUUGCAGUAUUUUCUCCCGUCAACAUACCGGUAGUACGGUAGGAGCAUGGCAGAAAUCAGCUGUGUUGAUGUCUUCAGUGAAGAUGUGACGGAGUUCCUUCGUAAUACUUUAUGCCACCAGCAAGAUCAGAAAGAGCAGUGGUCAUCGUGGUCUGAAUGGCUGGCUACGCCUCCGUUAUGGACGGUGCUACGCGUCAACAGCCACCGAAUCACCAAGGCGGAAGCGAAGGUUCGGCUCGAGUCAUUCUUGGCGGAGCAUGCCAAGGUGAACUCAGCAUGCGCUGGCCUGUCAGUAGUGGAGCAUCCCCAUCUCGACGAUGCGUUGGUAGUAGCCAGUCCCAAGACUUCCCCUGCGCCGGAGCCCGCUACAAAGCAAGUCAUCGUCGGUCUGCAGUGUGGCGUUGCCGUACUGAGAGGCGCUGACGUCUUUGCACCCGGCGUCCUUGCCAUGGAUACAGCUGUGCAAAAAGGAGACACAGUGUCUGUGUACGCCGACGUCAACGGGUUGUGUAGACGAGGCCUUACCAAGCCGUUCGACGGAGCAGUGCAGUACGUGGGCAAUGGCCGUGCUGACAUCAGCCGCUAUGCUCUCUUCCACACCGAACAACCCAGUGGUGUAGCUAUCACCAUGACUCAGCCACUGUUCACCGCUCCACCGCUCAGUGGACUUCACGCCGACGCGCUCUUCCCGCAGAACCUGCCGUCCAUCGUGGCGUGCCAUGUACUAGCACCGCGGCCGGGAGAGACCGUCUUGGACAUGUGUGCUGCACCAGGUGGCAAGACAACACACAUAGCCAGUCUAAUGAAUGAUACAGGUGUUGUUGUUGCGCUGGACAAGAGCGCAGCACGUCUGAAGCGCGUUGAAGAGAACUGCCAGCGACUGGGGAUCACCUGUGUGCGCUCGUAUGCCUGUGAUGCACGCAAGUCGGUGGCUAGACCAACCGCCGAGUCUCCCACAGCUUCAGCCACAUUGCAGUCACCGCCGUUUCCACCGGAGUCGUUUGAUCGCAUUCUUCUAGAUGGUCCUUGCAGUGCACUGGGUCAGAGGCCACAAAUCCGUAACAGUAUCCCGCUCAAGGAGCUGCAGUCAUUUCCGCCGUACCAGCGUCAGAUAUUUGAGCGGGCUGUUGAGCUUCUCCGACCCGGUGGUGUCCUGGUCUACUGUACAUGUACUGUAACACUGGACGAGAACGAGGGUGCAGUUGCCUGGGCGUUGGCUAAGUUCCCGUGUUUGCGACUCGCAAAGCAGGAGCCUCACCUUGGUGGGACAGGCUUCACAGUGGAUGGCUUGGACAGUGCACAAGCGGAACUCGUGCAGCGCUUCUCACCGUCACCAGCUGGCAGCCCAUGUCGCCACCAUCCUGAGAGCAAUAGCACUGAAGCAGCCGCAGCCAGCCUGUCUUCUGCCUCUUCAUCGGACAAUGCUGGCUGCCACUCCAAUGCGGCUAGUGUGAACAACGACACCAUUGGGUUCUUCAUUGCAAAGUUCACGAAGGAACUUUGAGUGGCAGGUACGUUUCUAUUCCUUGCUGCGAAUAUGCUAUGAACAUGGGUCACCGCCCUUUUGAUGUGGGCUGGCCGGGAAUGUAACUGUGAGCUCCAGUGAGACCCUCUUGUUCCGACUGGCCAUUGCAUCUCCAAGCUCACACCCCACCCAGGAUGACAGCAUGCUGGCAGUAGCACAUGCUAGUGUGUAGGUUGAAGCGGCCAUGUCGAGGCAGUUACCAUGGUUACCCGCACAGCAUCAGGUGAUCCACUUCAAUCACAUGUCGCACUGUGUUUGAGGCAAGCACAUGGGUAUUGCAGGCUCAGAAGAGCAAUACACAAUGAUCCAUGUGCCUAAGCAACCUUGAGCCUGAGCAGGGAUCUCUUCGAAGCCAUGAUCCAUACCUAGGCUGAGUGUCCAAAACGAAUGGACUGGGCAAGCGGGGUUCGUACAAGUUGCGCGUGUUGGACGGCAAUGGUGUCUCAGCCCGAGUCCCACUUCACUCACUCUUUGCUGGUGAGCGCUGUUGCAAAGCCGGCCAAUACAGUUGUACCAGGAAUGAUACCAUACCAACGUCAUCACAUUUGUACUUGAUACCUGCAGCUUACUGUACUUGUACCUGAUGGCAGGCAAACAGUCGUGCACUUGUACACCAUCGCCACUGACAAUCUUGGAUCAGCGUCGGCGUCAGCAUGAGUUUCACAAAGUGCUGACGUCACUGCCAAGGAUCUUCUAUACGACUAGGAGUCCUCACAGAAUUGUGGUCUUGUUCACUAACAUGUAGUGACCCAUUGUAUUUUAAUCUGUUUAUUUUUCUCCGUUGGAUCUUCCUGCUUGAGUGUCGAUGGGAAGAUUGGAAACAUGAUAAUUAUAUUGAUUAUAAUCAUGAACGUGUUUCUGCCUCCGAGUUGUUCUCCCCGUCGAGGGAGUUUCUUCGUCAAUUUUGACUGACUGAUUUUGUCCAGGCAUGCCCUGUAUAAGAAUGCUCAUCUAGAGCGACCACCUAACUGAUACUACUUCAAGUAUUCGAUAUGAAAUGUUCACUGUGUGGCUCUCUGCGCCUGGGUCUCCCCUACGCACUUGCUACUGCAAUACAAUCAUACAUGCAUCACAGUGCAUUCUCUACAAACACAAUACAGCAUGUGACAGACCUUGUACUAUCUCACUUUGUCUUCACAUUCCUCACACAUACCUAGAACGGUGCCCAUCAGGGAGUACUAAAGUUUUAAAAAACUCUUUUAGUACACCCUGGUGCCCAUCACAAAGUUCUCCUUGCAUAUUACUACUACUACUAGUAUUAUUGCUAGUACUUGCCCUGUACACUCAAAAACUUUAUUUGAAAGAACCCGAUUAAUAUGUAAAAGGACAGUGAUGUUGAAUAAUACAGCACCACUGCACACCAACAGAGCCUAUAAUGGACUCUUGAUAAGUGAUCUUACUGCACACAUUGUGUAGAACAAAACCCUCUUGCCCAGGACCAAGUACA